GCGGAACCAACGUGAACUUGGCUCGCCCGAAAUAGUCUAGUUUGACAUAUCUACGGUCGAAACAUGUAGUUUUUAUUUUGAAUAUCGUUCGCGAAUUAUUUCAUGAAUAGAUAAAUCGACGAUCGAUAUGGAUCCACGAGGCAGCGACGAUAGGCUGGGUGAGCAGCGCGACCCGCGUUGGUACAUCGACUCCGCCUACGCCUCCUCUCUGAAGGUUUCCCUUCGACUGCCUACCAGCCAGCUUCUUGAAGACUUUUUCCAACCAAGUUUUCGGCAGCCAGACCUCAGGCGGUUUAUAAUGGCGGAAGUAAAGAUGCCGAGUGGCCACGUGGACAAGCCAGCGAUAGAGGACAACCGCGAUGGCACCGUCAGCAUCAAGUACGAGCCGAGAGAAGAGGGCGUACAUGAAUUGUUCGUCAAAUACAACGGGGAGAAUGUGCAAGGUUCUCCCUACAAAUUCCACGUGGACUCCAUACCCUCGGGCUACGUCACAGCCUACGGUCAGGGUCUGGUGAGCGGCGUCAGCGGAGAGCCCAGCCAGUUCACAAUCAGCACCAAGGGAGCUGGUGCUGGAGGGUUGUCUAUGGCUGUGGAGGGUCCUAGCAAGGCUGAGAUCACAUGCCACGACAACAAAGACGGAACAGUUUCCGUCUCGUUCCUGCCCACCGCCCCCGGCGAGUACAAGGUCUCUGUCAGGUUCGGGGACAAGCAUAUCAAGGGUUCCCCCUUCACUGCCAAGGUGACUGGGGAAGGUCGUAAAAGGAACCAGAUCUCUGUGGGCAGCUGCAGCGAGGUCACGCUGCCAGGAAAGAUCACUGACAACGACAUCCGUAGUUUGAAUGCUUCUAUCCAGGCCCCAUCAGGCUUAGAAGAGCCCUGCUUCCUCAAGCGCCUGCCAUCUGGCAACAUUGGCAUCAGUUUCACUCCCCGUGAGUCUGGCCAGCACAUCGUCUCCGUGAAGAAGAUGGGAGUUCACAUCCAGAACUCUCCUUUCAAUAUCACUGUACAGGAUCAGGAGGUUGGAGAUGCUAAGAAAGUCAAGGUUUCUGGCACCGCUCUGAAAGAAGGCAAGACCCACGCUGAGAACACUUUCUCUGUGGACACAAAGAAUGCUGGAUACGGUGGUCUUUCACUCUCUAUUGAGGGCCCCAGCAAAGCUGAGAUUCAGUGCGCGGACAGCAAAGAUGGCGUCCUCAACAUCAGCUACAAACCCACUGAACCCGGUUACUAUAUCGUCAACCUGAAGUUCGCUGAUCACCACGUGGAGGGUUCUCCUUUCACUGUCAAGGUUACCGGUGAGGGCAGCAACAGGCAGCGAGAGAAGAUCCAGAGGCAGCGCGACCAGGCGCCGCUCACUGAAGUCGGCACAAACUGCAAACUUACCUUCAAGAUGCCUGGCAUCACUUCCUUCGACCUGGCUGCAACAGUCACUAGCCCUGGUGGCGUCUCCGAAGACGCUGAGAUCCAGGAGGUAGAAGAUGGAUUGUAUUCCGUCCUCUUCGUGCCCAAGGAGCUGGGAGUCCACACCGUCUCUGUCAAGUAGGAGAUCCAUAUCCCUGGCUCUCCCUUCCAAUUCACCGUGGGCCCCCUCCGCGACUCCGGAGCCCACUUGGUCAAGGCCGGCGGCGUGGGCCUCGAGCGGGGCGAGGCCGGCCGCUUCAACGAGUUCAACGUGUGGACCCGCGAGGCGGGUGCUGGUCAACUAGCCAUCUCACUCGAGGGACCCAGCAAGGCUGAGAUCGACUUUAAGGACAGGAAGGAUGGCUCGUGCGAUGUGUCUUACAAAAUUGAUGAACCAGCCGAAUACCGCAUCGGCCUCAAGUUCAACGAGCAACACAUCCCCGACUCCCCCUUCAAAGUGUACAUCUCUCCCGCCAUCGGCGACGCGCAUCUUCUAGAAGUAGCCCAGUUCCCCGACGCAGCGCAAGUGGAUAAACCAGCGCAGUUCUACAUCAGGCUUAAUGGGGCCAAGGGAGACUUGGACGCUAGGGUGAUGUCCCCCUCAGGCAAAACCGACGACUGUUUCAUCCAGAACAUCGACGGAGACCAGUACAGCAUCAGAUUCAUGCCGCGAGAGAACGGCGUUCACAACAUCAAUGUCAAGUUCAAUGGAGUUCACAUCCCCGCGUCUCCGCUGAGGAUCAAAGUUGGAAAGGAUGAUGCUGAUCCUGCGGCGGUUCAUGCGCAUGGACCUGGUCUAGGACAGGUUAAAACUGGAGUGAAGACCGACCUUAUCAUCGACACCUGCAAUGCUGGCGCGGGCAACCUCGCCGUCAAUAUGGACGGGCCAUCCAGAGUCGCCAUGGACUGCACGGAAGUCGAGGAAGGCUACAAGGUGCGUUACACUCCCCUGGCUCCUGGUUUCUACUACAUGAGCAUCAAGUAUAACGGCCACCACAUCGUCGGUUCCCCCUUCAAGAUUGAAGCUACUGGUGGAAACCUAGCCGAAGUCGGUGCCCAAGAAACGUCGUCCGUCUCCGUGGAAACCGUGCAGAAGGUAGCCAAGGUUGGUCAGAAGCAGGGUCCAGUGCUGCCACACUUCAAGUCAGAUGCUUCCAAGGUCACCAGCAAGGGCAUGGGCCUGAAGAAGGCGUAUAUGAACAAGCACAACCAGUUCACUGUCACGUGCACGGAUGCUGGCAACAACAUCCUCUACGUCGGCAUCUACGGCCCCAAGGGCCCGUGCGACGAAGUCCAGCUGAAGCACAAGGGCCGCCACAACUACGAGUGCUCGUACGUCGUCCGUGACCGCGGCGAGUACAUCGUCAUCGUCAAGUGGGGGGACGACCACAUCCCUGGCUCCCCGUACAAGGUUGAUGUUUAGGUUGUGAGGUUGGGGAGUGGGGGAUUUAUAGAUGUAUUCUGGAAUCUGGAUUUGAAGUCUAAAUAUCGACGAUUUUUGUCAUUCCGUCUGUAUGAUAUUUAAUGACGACUAGUUACGCUGUGGCUUGAGGGGACGACGGGCAUGCGACGGCGAUGCGGCACGAUGAAAUAUUGAUAAUAGGCAUUGCGAUGCGACGGUCGCGCGAUCGUCGUUCACGCAAGCCACGACGUUAGUGAGACUAUUGAAAAAUACUUUCUGCACCAUGGUUCUCUUGAAAUAAUUCUUUAAGUGUUGUAAAUUAAAUGUGUCUCUUUAAAGCAGCUGUUUGGAUACUUUCUGGAAAACCAUAUGCUGAGAGAGAUGCGAAAAAAUGUCAUAUGAUUCAAGGUCAUGUCGUUAAUUGAUUUUAGUAGUAGUCAGUAACAGUGCAAAAAAGACCUUAGAGAAGAGUUCUUGAAUUUGAAAGUUUUCUAAGACACUAUUCUAUAAAUCAUGGAAAAGUAUUAAAAAAUGUUAGUGUUAUGUAUUCAUUUAUAAAUCCCCCACCAACUUUAUUUAAGUAACUUACGAUAAGGAAAAUAUAUAAAGGACGUUGUAUUUUGCUCAUGUUUUGGAUUUCUACGCUCGGUUUAAAAAAUCGAUAUCGGAAAGGUUUGAAAAACAGAAAAACGAUCUCUUGAGUGUAUCACAAAAAAAUAGGAAACCUUUUCGGUAUCUAGUUUUUGUACUUAUUUAUUUAUAAUUAUUAUAAAGUUUUCUCGUUCCUUCUUUGUUAUCUUAUUUUAUAUCAUUUCCUGUAUUUAUAAUAUUGUGAAGUUCUAAUCUAACAUGUUCAAGCUUGAACAAAUUAUUUGUAAGUUUGUGUCAACCAGUGCUUUUGAGAAAUUUUAUAUGUUUCUCGUUUAGUAUAUAGGGCGACUAAAUGACAAUACAUAUAAAGUAUUACUUGAAGUAUUCCCUACAUAUCUUAAGUCCUUUGAGGAUUAUUUAAUUCUGGAAUUCAUAUGCAAAUUCGUUUUGUCUAGUCUUAAAUGUUUCGUAAGCUUUUUUGUUUUAAAAAAGUUUUCUGAAUGUUAAUCUUCUUUACUUUUAUCAACAUAAAGAUCAAAAUACAUAUUAUGUCAUCAGAUGAAAAGAUUUGUAAUGAUUAGUCGUCGUAACACUCGUUACUUUCAAAAUUAUUAUUCCUAGAAGUACUUAGUGCAAAAAUUUGAAUAUAAGCUUUUGUGUUCUUUUUCUUUAUAUUGACUGAAGUAUUUUGGAAUUUGCAUACGUAUCUUAGAUUAGACUUUUAAACAGAUGACAGAUUUUUUCGAUCUCAACUCUCAAGUCACUAACAAUAUUGAGAAAUCUGUCCUUUGCUUUCAGCCUUUUGAUCUUCAUUGGACCUUUUUUAUUUUAAGUGAUCAUGUGGGCCGUCUUUUUUAAAGUUGUAUAUUACACUUUUUUUAAUUAGAAUAUUUUAUGCUAUUUACCACUCGAAAUCAUGAGGACUUUCAGUCAUAAUAGGAGAAUAAGUGUCAAAAUUUUAAAAUUUUACUGAUUUACUCAAUGGCAUGAGGGCAUCCGAUAAUGUAUAGAUUUUGAACUACCUGACCCGAAGUUCUCGCGAUUUCGACUAGGUUGAGAUUCGAGCUAGGUUUUAUGAAAAUUCUACAUUUGAAAUAAAGUGUAGUAUAUAAUUUUAAAUAAAAUGGUCCAUAUGCUGCUUUGUAAUACCGUAUGAUUUGUGCUGAAUGAACUGUUUACCUACGUAGGUAGAAUUACCCUGUACGUUGUAAAUACCUAUUUUAAGUAUUUUAAUAUUUGCGACUGUUAACUAAAUAAACGGUAAAUCUCUAAAAGAUGUUUAA